GUUCUACAGGUUCUUUGAUUAUAAAUAAAGGCAAACUUAAAAAAUAUUCCGCAUUACCCUCACCCCCAAGUGUCUCCUCUGAAGCAGAACAAAUUCAUGAGAUGGAAAAUAUAGAAGUUACCGAUCAAGACUUCAUUAAAAUCACCGAAGAAAAAUUUCGAAGUUAUGAUUUGAGAGGAAAACCAGCAACAAGACUUGCAAAUUUCAUUUCGGAACUCAAAAAAUCAAAAAACACAAAAUCAAAUACUGAGCUUGAAUAUGUUUUUGUGGACAAUUCCAACUUAUUGAAAAAGCAAGUACAUUUAGCUCUAUGUCGAUCAUGGAUGUCUUCUAUCAACAAUACAGAACGGACGAAAAAUAGGAUUCAAAAUCAAGGUUUUGAUGUAAUCGUAUUGCAAAUAAAGAAAGUCGAUAUAGAACUUGGAUUUCGUAUAGUGGAUACCGUUUAUUUGAAGGAUCCUAGCAUAGCUCUUAUAAUUGCUGGUGAUAUUGAUUAUAUUCCUGCGAUAAAUCGGGCCCGAGAUCUUAAUUGGAAGAUCGAAGGAUAUCCGGAAGAAAUUAUAAUGGAAUGUUUUGGUUCAUUAGAAUUAUUUGGAUUGUGGUUCAAAAAUGAAGGACCAAUUAUAUACUUGUACUUCAAUAACAAAACAGGUAAAAAAUUGGAUGGAAUCCAGUCAUCCGGGUUUGGGAAAUAG